AACCCCCUGACGCAACGAUUGAGGUCACUGACGCCCAGAGGAACAGCCUUGCUGGAGAUCACACCGCCGCUGCGGGUGCCUUUGGAGUCACGUGCUCUGAUUUCUAAGCUCUGUGACACAGUUAGUAUUGGAGAUGUAUCCUAUAAGUUGAAAACUCCUAAGAGCCCAGAACUUGUGCCACAGAACUACGUUUCAGACUCUCUGGCUCAAUCUGUAAUUCAGCAUCUGAGAUGGAUAAUGCAGAAGGAUCUUCUGGGGCAGGAUGUCUUUCUAAUAGGACCUCCUGGGCCUCUUCGACGCUCUAUUGCUAUGCAGUACCUGGAGCUGACCAAACGGGAAGUGGAAUACAUUGCCUUGUCAAGGGACACCACGGAAACUGAUCUCAAACAGCGUCGAGAGAUCCGCGCAGGCACCGCCUUUUACAUCGAUCAGUGUGCAGUUCGUGCAGCCACAGAAGGCAGAACUCUCGUUUUGGAAGGCUUGGAAAAGGCGGAGAGGAAUGUUUUGCCUGUUUUGAACAACUUGCUGGAAAAUAGGGAGAUGCAGCUUGAAGAUGGACGCUUCCUAAUGUCUGCAGAGCGUUAUGACAAACUUCUCAAAGAUCAUACCAAAACAGAGCUGGAUGCUUGGAAGAUUGUGCGAGUCAGUGAAAAUUUCCGAGUGAUUGCCUUGGGCUUGCCAGUGCCUAAGUACUCUGGGAAUCCAUUAGACCCCCCUCUCCGUUCUCGAUUUCAAGCCAGAGAUAUUUAUUACCUACCCUUUAAGGACCAACUUAGACUGUUAUAUUCUGUUGGACCCAAUGUUUCUGCUGAAAAAAUUUCUCAACUUUUGUCCUUUGCCACCACUCUUUGUUCCCAAGAAUCUUCUACUCUGGGACUUCCAGAUUUUCCUUUAGAUAGUUUACCAGCUGCAGUUCAAAUCCUGGAUUCCUUUCCUAUGAUGUCAAUCAAACAUGCAAUCCACUGGCUUUACCCAUACACUAUUUUACUAGGACAAGAAGGGAAGAUGGCUGUGGAAGAUGUUUUAAAACGCUUUGAACUCCAAGAUUCAAGAAGCUCUUUGCUUCCUAAAGAGAUUGUGAGAGUGGAGAGGACGACUGAAAACCACAUCUCCCAAGCUUCUGUGACUGUCCGGAUUGCAGACAAAGAGGUGACCAUUAAGGUGCCAGCUGGGACCAGGCCACUCAGUCAACCCUGUGGAUCAGAAUGUUUUAUACAGACUUCAGGCCAUAAACAACUAUUGGCUGAAAUGAUGCAGUCUCAUAUGGUUAAGGACAUAUGUUUGAUUGGAGGAAAAGGUUGUGGGAAAACAGUCAUCGCUAAGAACUUUGCAGAUACCUUAGGAUACAACAUAGAACCUGUCAUGCUCUAUCAGGAUAUGACAGCACGUGAUCUGCUGCAGCAGAGGUACACUCUUCCCAAUGGAGACACUGCCUGGCGCUCCUCGCCCCUUGUCAAUGCUGCUCUGGAGGGAAAGCUGGUCCUCUUGGAUGGCAUUCAUCGGGUCAACGCAGGCACACUUGCUGUGUUGCAAAGGUUGAUCCAUGAUCGAGAACUAAGCCUCUAUGAUGGCUCCAGGCUGCUGAGAGAAGACAGGUAUAUGCGUUUAAAAGAGGAGCUGCAAAUAUCUGAUGAGCAGCUGCAGAAGAGAUCCAUUUUUCCUGUCCAUCCCUCCUUCAGAAUCAUCGCCUUGGCAGAGCCCCCUGUUAUUGGAAGCACAACACAGCAGUGGCUGGGGCCAGAAUUCUUAACCAUGUUCUUUUUCCAUUACAUGAAACCACUUGUCAAAAGUGAAGAAAUCCAAGUGAUUAAGGAAAUGGUCCCAAAUAUGCCUCAGGAAGCUUUGGACAAAUUGUUAUCAUUUACACACAAACUCAGAGAGACACAGGAUCCAACGGCACAGUCACUGGCAGCAUCACUUUCUACCAGACAGCUGCUGCGGAUUUCUCGUCGUCUGUCACAGUAUCCUAAUGAAAAUCUUCACAGUGCUGUCACUAAAGCCUGCCUUUCCAGGUUUUUACCAAGCCUCGCAAGGUCAGCAUUAGAAAAAAAUCUGGCAGAUGCUUCAAUAGAAAUAAGUACUAAUGCUAAUCUAGAACCAGAACUGGAGGAUUACAAAUGCGAAGUAGCAUCUGGCUCCCUGAGGAUUGGCGCUGUUAGUGCACCAAUUUAUAAUGCCCAUGAGAAAAUGAAAGUGCCUGAUGUUUUGUUCUAUGACAACAUUCAGCACAUGAUAGUGAUGGAAGAUAUGCUCAAAGACUUCCUUCUCGGAGAACAUCUAUUAUUGGUUGGUAACCAGGGAGUAGGAAAAAACAAGAUUGUUGACAGAUUUCUUCACCUGCUCAAUAGACCCCGAGAAUAUAUCCAACUGCACAGGGACACCACAGUACAAACCCUUACUCUUCAGCCUUCUGUUAAAGAUGGACUUAUUGUGUAUGAAGACUCACCUUUGGUUAAAGCAAUAAAGUUGGGUCAUGUUCUGGUAGUAGAUGAGGCAGACAAAGCCCCAACAAAUGUCACCUGUAUUUUAAAAACUCUAGUAGAAAAUGGAGAAAUGAUUCUAGCAGAUGGAAGACGCAUCGUUGCAAAUUCUGCUAAUGUCAAUGGAAGAGAAAAUGUUAUAGUGAUUCAUCCUGAUUUUAGGAUGAUUGUUCUGGCCAACAGACCUGGAUUUCCUUUCCUAGGCAAUGAUUUCUUCGGUACUUUAGGUGAUAUUUUUAGCUGCCAUGCAGUUGAUAAUCCCAAGCCGCAUUCAGAGCUCGAGAUGCUCAGGCAGUAUGGACCAAACGUGCCCGAGCCCAUCCUUCAGAAGCUUGUGGCUGCCUUUGGAGAGCUGAGGAGCUUAGCUGACCAGGGGAUUAUUAACUACCCUUAUUCUACCAGAGAAGUUGUCAACAUAGUCAAGCACUUACAGAAGUUUCCCACCGAAGGCCUCUCCAGUGUGGUUAGGAAUGUGUUUGACUUUGAUUCCUACAACAACGACAUGCGGGAGAUUUUGACUAACACUUUGCACAAGUACGGGAUACCUAUUGGAGCAAAACCUACCAGUGUGCAGCUGGCAAAGGAGUUGCCUCUGCCAAAGCAGACAUUCAUGGGCUACUGGACAAUUGGCCAGUCAAGAAAUGGAAUGCAGAAACUGUUGUGUCCAGCAGAAACUCAUCAUAUAGACAUAAAGGGCCCAGCAUUUAUAAACAUACAGGAGUAUCCAGUAGAAAGACAUGAAGGAAGAUCGGAAACCUUUACUGAAGAAUGUGCCUCCUGGAGGUUGCCCUUGGAUGACAUUAACAUAAUCUGUGACGUUGCUACAUCCCAUGAAAAUGAGGAAAAUACUCUCUAUGUAGUUACAUGCAAUCCUGUUUCCUUAUACUUCAUGAAUAUGGCCGGAAAAAGUGGUAACUUUGUGGACUUUUUUGACAUCUUCCCAAGAACUGCCAGUGGAAUUUGGCACCCGUUUGUGACUGUGGCACCCUUGGGAAAUCCCCUCAAAGGUCAAGUGAUUCUCCAUGAGCAGCAGAGCAAUGUCAUCCUGUUGUUGGAUACUAUUGGCCAAGCCCUUCGUCGUCUCAUCCUCCCUUCGGAAGAAGUUUCAUCUAAGAAACCUUCCUGGUGGAACAAGGAAGAAACUGAAACUUAUAAAAUGUGUAAAGAAUUUUCACACAAAAACUGGCUAGUAUUCUACAAAGAAAAAGGGAACAACUUGACUGUGCUGGAUGUGCUAGAAGGGCGAACUCAUACCAUCUCACUUCCCAUCGCACUCAAGGCAGUUUUUCUUGUAGCAGAAGACAAAUGGCUUCUGGUGGAGAGCAAAACAAAUCAGAAAUACCUUUUAACUAAGCCUGCGCAUAUCGAAUCUGAGGAUACUGGGGUUUGCCAGUUGUAUGUGUUGAAAGAGGAGCCACCUAGCACAGGGUUUGGAGUUACUCAAGAAACAGAUUUCAGCAUGCCUCAUAAAGUUUCAAGUGACCAACUAUCAUCUGAGAAUCUGAGUUCAGCUGUGGGACAAAAGAUUGCCUCUCCCAACCGAAUUCUCUCAGAUGAGAAUAGUUAUGCUACAGUUGUUGUUGGUUUCCCAGAUCUCAUGUCACCCAGUGAAGUUUACUCUUGGAAAAGGCCAUCAUCUUUGCAUAAAUCAAGGGUCACUGAUACAGCAUUCUACGGAGGAAAGAAGAAAAGUGGAACCCCAAAACAGAGCAAUUGUGUGACUCUUGUCGAUACUAAUCAGAUAGUCAGGAUUUUGCCCGCAGGAGAAGUCCCUCUAAAAGAUAUCUACCCCAAAAAUGUUACCCCUCCACGAACAUCUGGUUAUAUAGAAGUCACUGAUCUUCAAUCAAAGAAACUCCGAUAUAUCCCUAUUCCCAGUUCAGAAUCUCUCUCCCCAUAUACCACAUGGAUAUCUACUAUUUCGGACACAGAUGCUCUGCUAGCUGAGUGGGGCAAAGGUGGUGUGGUUACUGUUGAUAUGGGAGGUCGCAUCAGGCUUUGGGAAACUGGACUUGAACAUCUGCAGCGCUCGCUCAUGGAAUGGAGAAACAUGAUUGGACAAGAUGACAGACAUAUGCAGAUAACAAUCGAGAGAGAGAGUGGUGAAGACGUGAGUUCUCCCAAACACGGGAAGGAGGACCCAGACAACAUGCCCCACGUGGGCGGCAAUACUUGGGCUGGCGGAACAGGGGGAAGAGACACUGCAGGUCUGGGUGGCAAAGGAGGUCCUUACCGGCUGGAUGCAGGCCACACAGUGUACCAGGUUUCUGAGGCUGAGAAAGAUGCGGUUCCUGAGGAGGUGAAGAGGGCUGCAAGAGAGAUGGGCCAGAAAGCAUUUCAGCAGAGGCUGAAGGAGAUCCAAAUGAGUGAGUACGAUGCUGCAACGUAUGAAAGGUUUUCAGGUGCUGUCCGAAGGCAGGUGCACGCCCUCCGAAUCAUCCUGGAUAAUUUACAGGCUAGAGGUAAAGAAAGACAGUGGCUCAGACACCAAGCUACUGGGGAACUUGACGAUGCCAAAAUCAUUGAUGGGCUGACUGGAGAGAAAGCCAUCUACAAACGCCGGGGUGAGCUGGAGCCACAGGUGGGAAGCCCCCAACAGAAACCCAAGCGCCUGCGCCUGGUGGUGGAUGUGUCUGGCAGCAUGUACCGCUUCAACGGGGUAGACGGCCGGCUGGAGCGCUCCAUGGAGGCGGUGUGCAUGGUGAUGGAAGCCUUCGAGAACUACGAAGGGAAGUUCAAGUAUGACAUCGCUGGACACUCUGGAGACGGCUACAACAUUGAUCUGGUUCCAAUGAACAAAAUCCCCAAGGACAACAAGCAAAGACUAGAAAUUCUGAAGACAAUGCACGCCCACGCGCAGUUCUGCAUGAGUGGGGACCACACGUUAGAGGGGACAAAGCAUGCCAUCCAGGAAAUCGUCAGAGAAGAGGCUGACGAGUACUUCGUCAUCGUCUUGAGUGAUGCAAACCUGUCCCGAUAUGGAAUACAUCCUGCCAAGUUUGCCGAAAUCCUGACAAGCAACCCUCAAGUUAAUGCUUUUGCCAUUUUUAUUGGAUCUUUAGGUGAUCAAGCAACCAGGCUUCAGAGAAUGUUGCCAGCUGGCCGGUCUUUCGUUGCCAUGAAUACCAAGGACAUCCCUCAGAUUUUACAGCAGAUCUUCACCUCCACCAUGUUGUCCAGUAUAUAGGAAGCGCCCUUCGCCACCCAAGCCCGGCUUUGCAAUCAGACGGGAGUGAAGCGCUCUGAAGAGGAGGCACAGUGGAGGAGCCCAUGCAUUGCCUGCGCAACUGACAUUCCUGGCUCUUCCUGCACUUGCCCGGUCGUCAGAACUCAGGAGAGUACGAGAGGGAGGCUGUGCAUGGGAAUCUAAACCAUUAAUAGGCUUACAGAUAAUCAGAGGAAGCAAGGUGGCUGCAUUUUAUGAAAGGUGAGGGUUAAAGGAAGGUGGUUUGACACCCGUGGUGCUUAGUCGGUUUCCAAAAGCCUGAGGGAAAGAGAUCGCCUAGCUUCUGCCUUAACACAUCACCAGCCGCCCGAGAGAAGGAAAGUGACCCCAACACACGAAGCCCGGAUGCCACGUUCUGACAUUGAGAUUCAAGUCUGCACAAACCCCCACAACCAUUGCUGCCCAAUAAUUAUUUUUCUUUUCUCCCCCACUUUGUGUUGCCCAGCGAUCACGUGACAGUGUUAAACCCACUGAAAAGUCCUUCUAACAGCAGCGUUUUAUAAAGGUUGGAUUUUCUCAGUAAUUCCAUUUUCUUGGCCAAAACCAAAAGGAAUCAAAAGACCCUUGGAUUGCUUCCUUUCCCAUGUGACUUUUUAAAGGGUUCUUGAAAUAAUAAAGAGCAAAUGCCCUGUUCUCUGUGGGCCGGGAGAGGAAGGACAAAGGAUGUCUGGCCUUGAGUUUCCCGUUUCUUCCUGUCCUGCCUCCUCUCAGAAGCUUGACACUACUCCCUCUGGUUUCCAAAAUGCAGUGCUCAAAAUAACAAAUGCUUAUGUUUUCACUUAAAGCAAAGUAAAAAUAAGGCAGUAUGUUUGGACUGAAGGAUAACUGGAAAUUUCUUUAGCUGCUAAAAAAUAUACUCUUUAAGCCUCAUGAUUUUUCUUUCAGUGUGGACCUUCCUGCCUCCCACCCCAUCUUGGGCUGGCCUGUGUUUGUCAAUAGGAUCGAUGUCACUGUGUUUACAAUCAGAUGCUCCAGCAGAGCUCAGUCUCUCUCCCACCUUAUAAUAAACGUCCCUCUUCACUAUUGAUGGCAAAGCCAGAAACACCGGGGCACCAGUGCGUGUGCCUCCCUAUGAUAAGUUGGAAAAACUAGUCUUGUUACUGUUAUCUGAUUUACCUAUAUAUAUAGUAGUGAAGUUGUACAGAUCCAUUUAAUUUUAUUUAAUUAGAGGAAAUGUAAAAAGAUAACACCCCUUUGUUCCAUCACCCCAUCUCCCUAUCAACUGUCAAAGAAAUAAAAGCAGCCAGAUUCCAACACAGUGUUACCAGUGAGCGUGGUGGCAUGUCUUGUUUUUCCAGCCAGAGCCUGCUGUGUGUUCAAUCAUUUAAUGAUGCAAACAAUCGCAAUCCAGUAAGUACCUUUAAAAAUGUAACUACAUUAACAACAAUAAGGAUAAAAAAAGCACAGCAGCAGCUAACAGUUACUUACCGUGCACCAGGUGCGCUAAAGAAUUUCAUGCUGUGUCAUUCAGUCCUCACAACAACGCGCAAAAUAGGUACUUUCUACCUCCUUUUACCAGUAAGGAAAUUGAGGCCCAGGAACUUAAGUCACUUUCCCAAAGGUACUCAGAAACGACCUGCACAUACCCAGGCCCUCAGAGGAGGGUGCAGGGACCAAGGACGUGGGACACUGCUGGAGGGACACUUCUAGCCGCUCCUUCCUGGCACAGCAGCAGACUGAGGACGUUUCCAUCCAAGUGGCAGCUUAACCCCCUGUGCCACAGGGUCACAGCCCCGAAAGCCUUUAGAAGUCCAACUCAAGAGCGACCGACAGGACAGCCUUUUAACAGACCUUCCCCAUGUGUAACUCCCUGAGUGAGCAGAGCCUUCUUUUUUUUCAACAUGGAAAGAAUAUUCUCAAGAAAUUUAAUUUACCUUUCCCCACUGGCCAGACAUCCUUGGCAAUUGUUAUUUUAAAAAACAAACAACAAAAAACCCCAUAUAACUCCUGGCUUUUCUGAUUUGUAGAAGGAAGGGUGAUGGGGGAGGGAGAAUGAGAAGAUGGAGGGUUUUAUUUUCACUCCCUGCAGUACCUAAGAAGUUUGUGCCUUUAUUAUUAAAUGCACUAAUUAUGGGCCACUCCACACUGUUCCCAGGCCCCUCUAAGGGCCUGGAUGUUAUAAUAAAUGCAUUGUGUGCCUCAGGGGGGUUCCACUGAAAGGCGUCUAACCCGGCUGGGCUCUGUAGUGAGCCCCUGUAAUGCUGAGAAGGUUCAUUGUUAUCCGUGAGCAGCCAGGAGGAAUGAAUGCCAUGAAUGGCGCAGUAUAUGGUGUGUGCUCCCCCUGGAAUCCUCUGUGUGCCCCGGCAAAAUGACCUCAUCCACGAGCAGCCCAGGAGCAGCCACAGAAGUGGAUCAGAGCGGGAGUAUUUGAGCCCAUCACAUGUUUGGAAUGAAUCAUUUAAUUCUUUACACUACACCCUUUCCUGUAAACUGUCAGAGGAGCAGAAAUCCAUCAAUGCCCGCAAGACUGUCUCUAAACAAAUUCUAGGGCUUUAAAGCCAUUUAGAAGUGCUUUUCUGUAGACAGCAUUGUCAGUGUUCCUGAAAAGUUGGCUCCAGAGGCUACAACCCUUCCUGCACCUGGCUUCUUCCUGUGCUGUCAGAUCAACCAAAAUUAAAUUUCUCAGUGAACAGAGCAGAGGUAGAUGACUAGGGGCACAAGAGCAAUAGUCGCUUAUUUAUUGCAUUUCUUUCUAAUUUGUUUCUAACAAUCACAAUUUUAAGAGCUAUUCCACAAAUUCUAAGCUGAUAUCUCCCUGACUGGACAACUUUUUCUGGAAUUGCAUCUCAGGAAUAGUCAAAAGUCCACUUGUAUUUAGCAUGUUGUACAUAGCUUCUUCAUCUUAUUAAGAAAUAAAAUUUCCACUUUUUAACAAUUACUCCAAGCAGUAACAUGACUUUAUUCAAUUUUUAGAUGAAGGGUCUCAUUUACCACCAGUUCCUGGUCAGGGCUGUAGCGCAGAGUUCUUGCCUGUUGCCUUUCCUUCACCUUUUCUCUAGGACUCGCUGUGACGACAGUCCUACAGCUGCUGUAAUGGAAAGGCAUCCCAGGUGCCAUCUUAUAGAGGGGAGAGUUUACAAACUCUGGAUGGAAUUAAUCAGAGAAAGGAAUUUAUAGAUGCUCCUCAGCCAUUAACUGGCUGUGCAAACGGGCUAAUCACUGUGGGUCUCAGUUGCUUCAACUAUGAAUUUUUAAAGCCAAUCAAAAUGAUCGGUAACCAAAGUUGCAUGUUCCUAUGUCUCACACAGUGAAUUGACUUUGUCCCUCUUUGUGUUACAAGAACCACAUCAUUUCAGUGUAUUUUUGUCUCCAGAACCCCCCCAUAUAUUAGCCCCUGUUGUACAGGGGAUUUUAGCACCUGUAUCAGUUGCCCUAACACAAAAUGCUACUGACUGGAUGUGCAUUCCAAAAGUUACAAAAUCGUCAUUAGAACUGGAAAAGAGGGGCUUUCCCUGGUCAACUGGGUAGAUAUUUUUAUGGAAAUUUCUGACCAUUGUCUCUUACUUUGCUGCCUUAAAAUAAAACUCCCUAUCUGCUGAUCUGCACAGUGGGAUCAAAAAGGACAAGAAAUUGGAAAACUACUGCAUGCCCAGAGCUGACCUUUGUGCCGAGCUGAACAAUGUACAAUUGUGUGUGUGGAGUUUUUUAAUUGUUAAAUCCUGUAAACAGAAAUCUCCUCCAGAGGGGGAAGUGCUUGCCGGCCACCCUCUCAGGCUGAGAAUGACUGGGCGCGUGUCGAGACUCGGCGCUGUCUGGAGCUUUCACCUUCCAACAGAGCCGGCGUCUGCUCCUAGCCCUGCCUGCUGGCUUUGGAAUGCCAGGCUUACAUAAUUUUAAAUCGAGAGGUGCUUGUGGCAUUUGGCCACUCAGAGCAAAGUAGAACACUCUUUUAAGGUGGUUUGGAUCCAGAGGGCGUCAAGAACGACAUGUUCUGCUCUAAGGAAUCUCAUCAAGGGGCAUAACAACUCCAAGGAGCUGCCGUGCGUGGCCCUUCCCUCGACAGGCACCAGCCGCCCCCGGAGCCUUCCCUCUCUGCCCACAGGCUUCAGUGAAAGAGUUUUGGAGCCGCCAGCUCUUUCUCUAAAGGAACAAUCAGUGCUUGGCUAUAAACCCUGACCCCGAAGAUGGCCCCAGAGGGUGUGACCCCAGAGGAGUUUCAGGAUAGGAUUUAUUAAAGCUGUGUGCAACUCGGAAACGUUAGUAAUGGCAGCUGGAGCUUGACCUGGAAAUGGAAGGAACACUGUCUGUCUGAACAUCCUGGGGCACGUUUGCCUCCUAACGUAGCCGGAAUGUGGCAGGAAAAUAAUGAACUUGUCAAGAGAACUCUGGGUAAUUGGUCUCGUUAUGCCAAACUUGAAGCCUUAUUAGUUGAAACAAAGAAAAAGGGUAUAUUUACUCAGGCAGGACAUUAAAGUUGGAAUUUCAAAUGCAAUGUAUGUAUAUUAAUAAAUACUGAUGCUAAUGUAA